AUGAACCACACACGCAGUCUCAUAUCAUCUGCUCAGGCCCUACGCCAGAUAUUCAUCACCCCCGUUCGUGCCUCCAGAGUUGGCAUUCAUCUAUUCAAGCCUCUACAGGAUGCCACCCAGACUCGAUUUUUUCAGCAAUCCCACUGCCUAAAGCUUCGAGAAUACCGACCACCCGUCGAAAAACCACCGAUAAACGAAGCUAUCCGUGCGUCAUUUGUCCAAGUUGUGAACGAUGAGGGCGACCUCGAUCCUCCAACUAGACUAGAGGAUGUUCUUGAAAGCUUCGACCACGCCGAAUUCUUUCUUCUCCAGGUGCAAGAAGGCGACCAUAACAACCCACCAGUUUGCAAGGUCUACAAUAAGAAAGAAGUGCGAGCACAUGAAAAAGCCAAAGCAAAGUCAGCUCGCUCAACUAAGGUUACAUUGAAACAAAUUGAGCUGAAUUGGGCAAUCGAUGCCCAUGACCUGUCUCACCGGCUGAAACAACUCUCGACCUUUUUGGAGAAAGGCCGCAGAGUGGAAAUCCUCUUGACCACCAAAAAGCGCAAGCGCAAUCCCACUGUGGAUGAGAUCAAACAGGUCAUGCAAAGUGUGUUGGACACAAUCAGAGAGGCCGGUGGAACUCAGACCAAGGCAAUGGAGGGUGAACUGGGUAAGCAACUCAGGAUUACCGCGCAGAAGAAUACUUAG